AUGGAAAAUAUCAUGAAUUCUGUAAAAAGCAUAGCUCUCGAUGUGGGUCAGUAUUUAACACCAGUGCUUCGGGAGUCAAAAUUCAAAGAGACAGGCGUAUUAAAUCCUGAAGAAUUUGUUAUUGCUGGCGAUUACCUCAUACAUCAUUGUCCAACUUGGUCAUGGGGUCAAUUAGAACCGUCAAAAGCCAAACCAUAUCUACCUACAGACAAACAAUUUUUGAUUACACGUAAUGUGCCAUGUUUUAGUCGGUGUGCGGAUAUGGAAUAUGACCCAUCACAAGAAAAGAUACUGAAAAGUAAAGAGUGGAAUGAAGAGGGUGAUUUUACUAACGUGGAGGAUGACGAAGGAUGGGUUGAUACCCAUCAUUAUUUAUUGAAUACCAAUCAGAAACCUGCGUCGAUGUUCGAAAUGCCUCAGACGAAAUCUUCUGAGUCAAAACUAUCGGAAGAACCAGAAGACGAUGAUGAUGGGCCGCCGAUGGAUAUGGAUGCAUUUGUAGCUGAGGGUGGUCUCGAAGAAGACGAUCCUUAUAGAUUUGUUGAAGAGGAGAGGAAUCACGUCGAGAGCGAUACGGAUAACGUCUUGCGUACACAUACUUACGAUCUUCACAUAACUUACGACAAAUAUUAUCAGGUACCUCGUCUUUGGUUAUGUGGAUACGAUGAAAACAACAAACCACUUGCUGUCGAUAAAAUGAGUGCAGACUUUUCACAGGAUCAUAUUAAUAAAACGAUUACAAUGGAAUCUCAUCCAUAUUUUCGCACUGCAAUGGCUUCCAUCCAUCCUUGUAGACAUGCAGAAGUAAUGAAGCGUCUCAUUGAGCAGCUUGCUGAAUCAGGGAAAGAAUUGAGUAUUGAUCAAUAUCUCCUUAUAUUUCUCAAAUUUGUUCAGGCAGUGAUUCCAACAAUAGAAUAUGAUUAUACACGAAGCAUCCAACUUUAA